UUCAGUCCCUGUAUUUCACACUGUGCUCCCACUGUUGAAGGAGAAUGGCCCGGACCAAGCAGACAGCGCGUAAAUCGACCGGAGGGAAAGCUCCUCGCAAACAGCUGGCGACCAAAGCGGCGCGGAAGAGCGCUCCAGCCACGGGCGGAGUGAAGAAGCCUCAUCGCUACAGGCCCGGCACCGUGGCUCUGAGGGAGAUCCGGCGCUACCAGAAAUCCACCGAGUUGCUCAUCCGCAAACUGCCCUUCCAGCGCCUGGUGCGGGAGAUCGCUCAGGACUUCAAGACAGACCUGCGCUUCCAGAGCUCGGCCAUCAUGGCCCUGCAGGAGGCCAGCGAGGCUUACCUGGUGGGGCUCUUUGAGGACACCAACCUGUGCGCAAUCCACGCCAAGCGAGUCACCAUCAUGCCCAAAGACAUCCAGCUGGCCCGCCGCAUCCGCGGGGAGCGCGCCUAAACUCCACCUCUCCACCAACAACAAACGGCUCUUUUAAGAGCCACUAAUCCGG